AUGCUGGUGGAAGCCCUGGGGUGGGCUGCCUGCGCCAGCUACGCUGCGGCGGCUGUCAAGUUCAGCAUUGAUGCGUCAGUGCGGGUGCUGAGCGAAUGUUUCGACUUCCGCUCCACGAGUGCGUGCGUUUCAACGCUGCAGCCGUGGUGGUGCCGGCUGCCAUCCAUGAUUGAGGAGGCCCGACUUCGAGGUGUUCCCGUGACGGACGUCUUGCACCACUUGGCGAUUCCCUUAAAGCGGGCUGCGGCGGCCCGCAAGAUACAGGCGUUUAUGCGGUCACGCAGUACAACCCUUGCCAUGGCAGCCCUCAGCACUGCAGGCAUUGCAGGCGAUUGCGGUUCUGAGUGCGACGAUGAUUCAGACAUUGGUUCUGAGACUGAUGACGAAGAGAUCCGUCCCAGGGGAGCGCGACCAGCAGAAGGAGUGGUUGCAGCGCAGGUUGAUCCUAUGUCAGUCCUGGGCCGAGAAGCGAUUCGAGUCAUGCUUUUCCAUUUGAACGAUGGCGAAGCGCCGGAAGAAGGCACAGUCCUCAAGCUGGCAUUGCAGAAGCAGUUUUUGUUCGCUGCGUACAGCGCCCGCGGAGUCUUCAGAACCAAAGCUGCUUUGCAAUUGGUGGGUGCUGGGCAUGGAAUGCAGAUUGCUGGCUGUGGCUCCGAGCAUUUGUCAGGUGGUGGGCGCGCCGUGCUUAGCGCAGCCACGUUCUUCGCAAGACGACAUCAAGUUCCGUUUUUGAUUCUGCAACCAUUGGACUCGGCAGCCCGAUCCUUUUGGAUUUACAACGGCUUUUCUGAGUGCACUGCACUUCGCGGGCUGUAUCAGCACCGGAACCACCGGGACUGCCGAUGCUACUGUCAACACAUGCGAAGUGUCACGAGAUCGGUGGCGGGGCCAUGCACAGACCGCAACUUGAACGUGGCUGACUUCGUCAAUUUCCUGCUUGGCAAGACAUCUCUGCUUCAUGCGCCGCUGAUCCUCUGGUUGUAA